AUGGUGGAAAGUCUUUCAGCUAAAACUUUUCUUUUUCUCCUCUCUGUAUCUACAGGUAAGGAGGAGCCGACGACCUACACCUGCACUACAUGCAAGCAGUCCUACGGCAGUGCUUGGUUCCUGCUGCAGCACGCACAAAAUACCCACGGGUUCCGCAUCUACUUGGAAAGUGAACAUGGCAGCCCUCUUACCCCACGCAUGGGUGGACCAUCCUCCCUGGGCGGAGGUGCAGACUGCCCUUCUCAACCUCCACUUCAUGGUCUACACCUGCCUCCAGAUGCCAGCCCCUUCAACCUCCUCCGCAUCCCUGGCUCAGGUUCAGGUGGACGGGACAGCGUUGGAGCUCUGGGUGGAAUUGGGGCAGUUCCCACAACUGCUCCGGUCCAUCAUCAGCGUUUUCCCCCUACGCCGCCUCUCUUCAGCCCGCCGCCCAGAAACCACCUGGAACCACAUCACUUGAGCCCAGAGGAGCUGGCGUUGGCAGCCCACCACCCGAGUGCCUUUGACAGGGUGCUGCGCCUCAAUCCUCCAAUGCCCCUGGACCCUCCUCCAACAAUGGACUUCUCACGGCGGCUUCGAGAGCUGGCGGGGAACGCCUCAGGGUCCACCCCUCCACUGUCACCCAGCCGGCCCAGCCCCAUGCAGCGCCUGCUCCAGCCAUUCCAGACGGGAGGAGGAAGUGGAGGAUCAGUCGGAGCAGGGGGAAGCAAACCACCAUAUCUUGCAACACCGCCGCCUCUUCCAGGCUCCCUGCAGUCACCUGUGGGCUCUCAGACCACUCCCACUACCCCUCUUCAAUCAGCAGAGGCCACGCCCACUUCCACCACUCCCUUGAAAUCAAAGUGUUGCGAGUUCUGUGGCAAGGCCUUCAAAUUUCAAAGUAAUCUCAUAGUCCACCGGCGAAGCCACACUGGAGAAAAGCCGUACAAGUGUCACCUGUGCGAUCACGCAUGUUCACAGGCCAGUAAGUUGAAGCGCCACAUGAAGACACACAUGCACAAAUCAUCCUCUCCUAACGCGAGCAAGUCAGAAGACGGGCUUUCAACGGCCUCCUCCCCGGAGCCCGGCACAAGUGAGCACUUGGGAAGUGCCAGCAACGCCCUGAAGUCAGUGGUGGCCAAGCUUAAAAAUGAGAAUAACCGUAUUCUCCGUGAAAAUGGUGAGGGGGAGGAGGAGGAAGAAGAGGAGGAAGAGGAAGAAGAGGAGGAAGAGGAGGAGGAGGAAGAAGAGGAAGUAGAGGAAGAAGAGGAUCCGAAUGGUGAGAGACAACCCAGGAGAAACAACAGCUUCCAUUUUGGUUUAAACCUAGAAACGACACGUCAACAUGAAAACAAUGUCGGUAUCGGAAGUCGACUGGGUGGUCUGACUGAUGAGGGGUCAUUACCCCGAUCAUUACCUGAGGUUAUGCAGGGAAUGGGUUUGGCUGCUAGCAUGCAGCACUUCAGUGAAGCUCUUAACGCGCACAAACGCAACGCCAUGGCCCAGGAGAACCACCUGCACCACCACCUCAACCGAGAGCACCACCACAAUCGUAACAUGUGUGACGGAGACUCUGUACUGGAAACAGAUCGUGGGGAGGAGGGCUCCGUCUCAGCAGUCAAUGGUCGAGGAGCAUCACCCAAUGAAUCAGCUUCCGUUGGCCUCUCUAAGAAACUGCUUCUGGGCAGCCCCAGUCCACUCAGCCCUUUCUCUAAACGCAUCAAGCUGGAGAAGGAGUUCGACCUGCCAACUCCCACAAUCCCAAACACGGAGAACGUGUACUCCCAGUGGCUGGCUGGAUACGCCGCCUCUCGACAACUCAAGGACCCUUUUCUGAACUUUGGGGAUUCCAGACAAUCGCCGUUCACCUCGUCGUCGGAGCACUCUUCGGAGAAUGGCAGUCUGCGUUUCUCCACCCCCCCUGGGGAACUGGAUGGUGGGAUUUCAGGUCGCAGCGGCACAGGCAGUGGGGGCAGCACUCCACACCUGGGGGGUCAUGGGCGGCCCAGCUCCAAGGACAGCCGCAGGUGUGACACUUGUGAGUACUGUGGCAAGGUGUUCAAGAACUGCAGUAACCUGACGGUGCACCGACGCAGCCACACAGGAGAGAGACCCUACAAGUGUGAGCUGUGCAAUUAUGCUUGUGCACAGAGUUCCAAACUGACACGCCAUAUGAAGACCCACGGACAGGUGGGCAAAGACGUGUACAAGUGUGAGGUUUGUCAGAUGCCCUUCAGUGUCUACAGCACCUUGGAGAAACACAUGAAAAAAUGGCACAGUGACCGUCCUUUGAGUACCGAAAUUAAGUCCGAGUAGAAGGCCGAACUAUGGGACCUUCCCCCCCCCACACCCCCUUACAGCUAUGUCCGCCAUUAGUCCCCUGUUUAUUGCCAUGUCCUUGUAGAUUUGCCCCAAACCCCAACACUCCAUUAUCACCAGUCUGGUGGAAGCUCAAGACCCUGUGCUCUGCACCAGCACACCCUUGUCUCCAUUACACAUUGAAUGCAUGAUCUGUAUCGGGGCAAUACUCUUGCAUUGACGCAAAUCUUUGAGCCUUUCUCUUGUGCAAUAAUUUACAUGUUGUGUAAAAUUUCUUUUUUUAAGUUUUUCCGUUUUCCAUUUUUAAGACUUAGUCAGCAUGCAUAAUACGUUUUUUGCUAAUCAAGAAAAAAAAAGAGAAAAGAACUUGUCCCUGGUUGAUUACUUGUUGAGUAAAUGUGUUGCUGUUUUUUCUCUGGUUCCAAUUUUAUGUUCCUUUCUUUUUAUUCUUAAAAAAGAAAUAAGACAAGGAAAGACACGUCCAUGCUGCAUACAUUCUGUAACACAUAUCAUGUACAGUUUGGUUUUGUAACAUGGAAGGCGAACGGUCUUUGCCCUCUUCGUACAACCCUGGAAAAAUGCACUUAUGUCCUGAUCUUUUUAAAAGACACCACGUUCACACAGGGUUCAAAAGAAAGAGAAUCAAGCCUGAGCUUGACGACUCCACUGAAUUUACUGACAGCCUUCAAAUUUCUUUCAAAAAGACUAAAAGACUAAAACAUGGGUGAGCUAGAAAUUCGUAUUAUUAUUGGUGGGGGGAAAAAAAAGGAAAGCCCUUCAAUUUUUCAUGACGACAUUGGCCAUUAUACUAUUUGGUGACACUUUCAGGUUCGUGCUGGAUAAAGCAAAAAACAAAACAAAAACAAAACCUUAAGCCACCCACCCAACCAGCGAAGGUUCUUGCAUCAAGCGCCUGACUUUUCCACCGGGCUGUUGUGACUCAUGAUGAAAGAUCAGAGAGUUCUGGGUAAUCAUCAUUUAGCUACCUAUUCUGUGUUCAAUAGGCUAUCUUUAAUAAUGAUAAUGAUAAUGAUAAUAAUGUGUGGAUUUCAUGGCAAGCAUGGUACAAGCAGUAUUGUGUAUAUCUGAAUUAUUUGUAGUUUUGUUUUUCCGGUAAAAGGAGAUACGCUUGAGAUUUAAAAAAAAAAAAAAGUAAAUCUGUAAUGUACAAUCCUGAUUCUGAGGGAUACGGACGCACGGCGAGGAGGAAGUGUCGUGUCUGUAUCUGCGUUAGCACAAACCUACGACGCUGCUCUCAUUUGUCAGUGUGUGGAAUAGAAGCAUAUAAGCUCCGGAUGUCGUUUGUGAGCAUAAAGACCGACGGAGGGACAGAACGUUACACAGAACUGAAGCUACGUUCACACGACGGCCAUCGGCCCCUUCACUUCCAUGGCUAGAAUCACGACAGGGUCAUUUAUAAAUAUGAACUGCAGAGAAAGAAAUAAAAAUGAAAAUAUAUACACACUCCAGGGCUCUUGAAAAGAGCGACAAUGCGAUUAUUAGAAAUCAGAAUGCUAAGGCUAACGCAGGGCAUGUUAUUGUUUACUGUUUGAACCCAGAAGAAUGGGAUUUUCCUUCUUUUCUUUUUUUUCCACGAUGCGACUCAUUUAUAACUCGUUUAUAACAAAGCACUUGUCACCUCUCUUUUAUUGUCCCACACUGAUGCAAGCCGAUACACAGGCUCAAAACUAGCUAGCUUAAAAAUUCACACUCGAUGUGCACUGUUUUAUUCCCCUUCUUCUUCCCCAGUUUACAAGUGUUCGCUAAAAGCGGAGGAGGGAAACUUUUGGUUGAAACUUGAUCGCUUCAUGAUCGGACACCGUUAGAGCUGUCACUUUUCUCCAGAAACGAUUUUCAGUUCAGUCAACGGUAAUCUACCUUUCCUCAAAUUUUAGGUCGCUUUGGAUACAAGUGUCUGUUAAAUGUAAUGGGCCCAGAUGAGCAUGUGUUGCUCUUCAUUAUCGCGC